AUGCUUAAUAAACGUAAUACGCGAUGUUACGACAAUGUAACGAGAAAGGAAUGGGAAGAAUUCAAAAACAGUGGAAUUCUACGUAUUGAAACAAUUCUGUAUGCAUUUUUUGGCCAACUACCGCUACCUAUAUCUUUAGUUGCCCUAACAUUGUGCCUACCUUAUACAAUUGCUAUAUUUCGAUGUAUUCGAUCAAACAAAAUAAUGGUAAUGUGGUUCGAACAUUUGACAUUUGUAUCUCUGGUUCAUUCUGGUCCUCUACAGUCUCGUACGUAUCAAUCAGUUUAUGCAAACUAUAUGCGUUAUGGAAGCCCUUACAUUAUAAAAAAUUUAUAA